AGUCAUUUUCUUCUGCACAACCCAAAUCUCGACGGCGAUUUCUUGGUCUCUGUCGAGAAUCAGAAAGGGUGAUUUCAUUUGAAGAAGAGAUGGAGCAGAGCCCGGCACCAUUUUCCGAAAUCGGCAGGCGGGCAAGAGAUCUACUGACCAAAGAUUACAGUUAUGAUCAGAAGUUCACCUUCUCUAUUCCGAGCUCCAGUGGGAUGGGAAUAACAGCUACUGGUGUGAAGAAAGAUCAAAUUUUUAUUGGUGAUAUAAGUACUCAAUAUAAGCUUGGAAGUACAGUUGUUGAUAUCAAAGUUGAUACCUAUUCCAAUGUCUCAACAAAAGUUACACUGGUUGAUGUUUUCCGAUCCACGAAACUGUCCUUAGGCUUCAACAUACCUGAUCACAAGUCUGGCAAGCUCGAUGUUCAGUACCUUCAUCAGCAUGCUGCUAUCAAUUCCAGUAUUGGCUUAAAUCCCUCCCCUCUCUUGGAGCUCUCGGUUGCUAUUGGCAACAAGGAUUUAGCCCUUGGUGGAGAAAUAGGAUUUAAUACUGCUUCAUCUUCUUUUACGAAGUGCAAUGCUGGGCUUAGUUUUAACAAACCGGAUUUUUCUGCUGCACUUAUGUUAACGGAUAGGGGACAAGCUGUGAAGGCAUCAUAUGUACACUUGGUAGAUCCAACAAAUGGAACUGAAGUAGGUGCAGAGAUGAUACACAGAUUAUCUACCUACGAGAACAGCUUCAGCAUCGGGAGUGCUCACAAGGUCGACUCAUUAACAUCGUUGAAGACUAGAUUUUCUGACAAUGGGAAAGUUGCAAUGCUUUACCAGCGGGAAUGGAGGCCAAAGUCACUUGUUACUUUCUCAGCCGAGUACGACACAAAGGCAAAGAGUUCAGUACCCAAGUUAGGUCUUGCCCUUGCUUUGAAGCCAUAAAAACUGCACUCUCUCUAAUUCAUCCAAUUUUACUUUGAUAGCUUGACUUUGUUAAAAAUUCUUUCAAAAGGCCACAAGUGUUGUUGCCCUUUACAUCUUACAUCAUUUUUUUCUUUUGGUUUGUUUGUUAAGAUAUCAUAUAAUGAUGAUAAAUUUGAAAGAAUAUGUUGUUACAGUAGGCAUUGUUGCAUAAGCUUUUUCAAGGUUUACUGACUUUCUAUUACCUUGAAACUAUUGAUAAUACCAUGUAUUUUUUCUGGAGAAUGAAAAAUUUCUGAUGCUU